UCCGUGUGUUCGUGUCUUUCACUGAAAUCUGUUCGUUUCUAAACAAUUAAUCAUCUUAUCGCUUUCCACAAUGAAUAGCGAGAAACCAUUAAACAUGUUCGUCGAUGAUAUUGAGAGGAAAAACAAAGAGUUUUACCAUCGAACUGCGAUCAAAAAUUCCAAAUCAAAGUUAAUAGAGUACUUAACUCCCGAACUAUUCACCAAAUUGGCGAAAUGCAUUGAUAUAAAAUCAAUAACAGCUCUUCAAAGCAAUAACCACACCGAUAUCGAAGUGGAACCAGGUGGUAAUACAACCGAAAACGGUUCAAACGAAAAUGUUGAUGAUAACGAAUAUGAUUUCCACGAUGAUGAGAAGGACGAAACGGGGUUGCACCACCCUCAAGAACAAUUUGAAGUGCACAUUCGACCGACGAUAACAAAUCCCAUCAAAUCAACAGACCUGCAAAGGAGUUGGAUGGCAAAUUAUUUGCGGAAACCGAGAAACGAUCGAAUUUUGUGGGAAUCAAAACUUUACAAAUUCGAAAGAAGUUAUGCAGCUAAAUCGCUUCCGGAAAAAACGGAAGAAUUGAUGGACUUGUUUAUCUUCGAAACUAAAACUUUACUGGCCGCUGGUGAUUUUGCUGAUUGGCUGAAAUCUCUUGGAUCUGAUGGCAAAGUGAAUAUGAACAAAGAUUUGAUAAAAAAGCUUUUCUCAAUCGGUAUCGAAGAUGAUGCAGCUAAGAAGGCACUUUAUGUUGCUCCGGUUAUAAAAUCGGCUAUUCCCGAAGAAAUUGCUAAUAUUGUCAGACUGCCUGAUCUGGCAAUCGAGAAGAAGGUCAACAGGAUAAUGUUGGAUGAUAAAAAGUUGAUGAAAAUUGAACCGAAAUAUGUUGCAUUUGGCAGGACUCUGCCACCACUACUACGUCUGACCAAAUUCGAAAUUGAAGAUCGAAUAAAUAAGCCGAAUUUUCCGGAUAAUUUACGCACCAACAAAGUUGUAUUUGAUGGCAUAACGCAUUUGAGAUCGACGAAAAUUUUGAACGACUACUUGAACCAACAUCCAGAUGUACCGAAACCGAUAUAUCUGAUGGAGACGCAAGGGCGAAAAGAGACGGCAGCAUUCGCUGAAAACAGAGGAGAUUAUACUCCGUUGUAUAAAAUAGCAAAUAAAUCUAAAAUGAGUUAAAAA